AUGCCUCAUACCGUCGGCUGCUUCGCUCUUACACAUCAUAUUCUACUCAACUACUUACCCCAGACAAAUAUGUCACUUCCCGAGACCUAUCGAGCCUUUAGACGUACAACUGGCGAUUUUCCUCGGACCGUUGAACUGUCCAUCGAGACCGUGCCACGCGUACUUGGACCGAACGAUGUCCUGAUCAAGGUCCACGCAGUCUCACUCAACUUCCGCGAUGUUGCCAUGUUAAACGGGAUAUAUCCGAUGACAAUGGAAGACCGAGGCAUUCCUUGCUCUGACGCUGCUGCCGAGGUCGUCGCAGUCGGUUCAGCCGUCGAAGGCUUUGCUACCGGAGACCAUGUUUCGGUUAUAAGUGACCUCAACAAUAUCACGGGAUCUGAAGACGAACCUCUUUAUGGUCUUGGUGGAGACACCGCUGGUGUUCUUCGCGAAUACGCCGUUUACCAAGAUAAGCAUCUUGUGAAGCUACCUCAGCAGUUAUCAUGGGAAGAGGCGGCUACUAUCACGAUCGCUGGUGUCACAGCAUGGACGGCCCUUGAUGGCUUGACCACGGCAUCCAAGUCACGCAGCGCUCUCAUGCAAGGUUUGAUCCAUGCUCCAGUUCUUCCAUCUGAGAAUAACAGUGAGAUAGGCACCGGAGGCGUCAGCAUGUUCGCCCUCCUGAUUUGUCUCGCGGCGGGCAUCCAGCCAAUCAUCACAUCUUCAUCGGACGAGAAGCUUGAAGCUGUUAAGAAACUUGACCCUCGAGUCCGCGGCAUCAACUACAAAACUACCCGAGAUCAAGGAGCAGAAGUCCGGCGUUUGACUGACGGCCAAGGUGUCGAUUUUGUCAUCAACAAUGCGGGUCCAGGGUCGGUUCCCCAGGAUAUCAGCUUCCUACGCCAGCGAGGCGGUACAGUGUCACUGGUUGGCUUUCUAGGUGGUAUCGGUGGUGACUGGCAGCCUGCCGCGAUCAUGGCCUUGAUGACCAAGUCUGCUAGGAUCAAGGGAAUCGCUGUUGGCUCUAAGGCGGAUUAUAUAAACCUCAAUCGGUUCCUGGAAGAGAAGAAGGUUUCUCUUUCUCCGCUUGUGGACCGUGUUUUCCCGUUUGAGGAGUCGCAAACAGCAUUUGACUAUCUCUAUGCUGGCAAGCAUGCAGGAAAGGUGGUCAUCAAGAUUUAG